AUGGCAGCCCCUGGCACACCUCCAGCCCCUGAGUCUCAGGAAUUCAGGGACCUGAUCUCAUCGAAAACCAAGGCUGCGGUCCUGAGUCGUCUUCCCAAUGUGUCUCGACAUUUGGUGUUUCUGGCCUGCAAAUGGAUCAUGGAGAGCUUUGCCUUCGGCGGGAGUGACUUGACGCCCUCCAGCUUGUCCUUGGUGCUCGCAAAGUCUCAUGGCUAUCGCCGUCGAGGUGGGUCGAAAGACACCAAGAAGUGGAUCAAGGAGAUCCUCCGAACGAUGCAUGAGGAGCCUGGCAUUCGAUCAGGCACCCACUACGUGGGGCAGCUCACCCUGACGCAGGGUGGAAAGCCAAGCGUCACAGCCAACAAGAAUCUCCCAUUGACCAAGCAGGGAGCUUUUGUCCUCCUGCAGAGGUUGAUGCCUGAUCGUGACCGAGUGGACUUCUCCAACAUCAUGUGGGAGGCGAUGAGGUACAUGUAUGAAGCCUACUCUGCGCUGAAGGCUGAGUAUGAGGACUACAAGGCUGACAAAGACCAAGGAAUGGCGCAGCAACGAAACGCUGCCGAUGCUUUGCUCAAUGUGGCCAGCGCAACAUUGAACGUGAGCAAGCGGGUUGCGAACAUCAAGAUCAUGCAAAAGGCAUUCAAAGAAGGGAGGAGGUGCAUGUUGCGAGGGCAACACCCCAAACAGGCCAUGAUCAAAGCCAACCUCGCAAGGCGUGGUCAGAGAAUCCCUGCCGUCCACAACUGUUUCACGCCGUUGGGGGCCUCUGCCGAUGCGUUUCGCACCCUCGCAAUGGCGACCGUGCUGAACCACGCUCGGCCUGCCAUUGCCGAGUUGCACGGUCCCAGGGCGAAGAAGAGGAAGAUGGAUGAGACCUUCGACACCGUCACCAACCACUUCCUGCGGAACAAGACUUUCGAGCUGAAUCUGGGACGGAACGGGUUCAGCCAGCAAGUCGCUGCAAAGCUGGAUCAAGUAGGUCUUACCACCAGUCGACUGGGGCAGGUGCGUGGCUUCGCAUGUCCCAGCGCAGCAGGCUGCCGCGCCUGUCGACGGCUCUUGGGUCUCGGGUCGGGGGCGACCGUGCGGGAGGCCUUUCUGCAAGCGGCCUGGCAGCACCACCCAGACUCCCACGCAGUGAAGCGCUGCGGCAACUUUGCAGAGCUGCGACGCUGUUACGAGCUUUUACUUCACUGCUGUGGUGAGGUGCAGGUGGAGGUUGAGGUUUCAGGCGAGAAGGCGAACAGCUGGCUGGAGGUGCAAGAGGAGCGAACCUUACCCAAAAGGGCGGUUCACCGCCCAGGACGCCCCCAGGUCCGCUCGGUGAGGACGGUGGACCAGGUCCAUCGCCGCGUCGCGAACGUGGCUGAGGGCCCAGACGCCUUGGAGGUUCAGUUGGAUCUGCAGCUCGACAGUCCGCUCCCACGCUUCCUUUGGGCGGCUGCUGCAGAGCACGGCGGCUUUGGCCCUUACAGCCGCUUCAAGUUUUGUGGUUCCUAUCGCCGAGCUCAAGACUUUAAUGCUCGGCACCCAGCCGGUUCCGCCGGUGUCCGGUGUCCGAACCGGGGAAGCCGUCAGAGUGACGGUGUCCGCGGCGUGGACCGGUGACGCGCCAAAGGAAGGGGAGUCCUCCGGCGACGGUAUCGGUGUGUGCGCGAAAACACCAGAGAACCAACUUGCACAAAGCAAGCCACGGAGGUUGAAAGACCC